AUGCCAACCUCGGGAACAGUCCGGCGAGCCCGCGUGCACAAGCGCGAUUGGAAUGGCUUUGACGGCGUGCAAGUCACGGUCUCUUCAAGUCUUCAAGAGGGAGCAAGUGUAUUCUCCGAUGUUAAGGGAGAAUUCCUGGGGGUCAUAGGGAUCUGGCUCGUUAUCUCCUCCUCUAGCCUGCACAACGGCGGAGAUCUAGCCAGCGGGUCAUUUGGAGAGAGGGACAUGCGAGAAGCGAUGUGGCCGAAAGUCAAGCUCGCACCAGCGGUACCUUAUCGACGACCAGCUCGUCGACAUCGACUUUCCAGUACGUAUACGCUCCUCUUGUCUUCUUUCCUCGUUGUCCAGGCCAGACUCUACUUCGCCUUGCACACCCGCCACCAACAUCGCCGGACUCUUCCAGCCCUCUCCCCUCCGCGUCUCUUACACCUCGCGCUCCUCACAGUGUAUCUGCGCGCGGUCGCCGUCACAUCUCCACAGCGCUGGUCCAGGGAGAUCGGGCUCGGAGGCUGUCUGGCGGGUAGCACCUCGCUAUGCCCGAUGGCGUUGGCAUUGCCCCUCGGUCAAGGCGGUGUGAGCUGGAGUGGCGACUUCUCGAGGGACAUGACGGGCGAGAACCAGAUCGGCUUUGGGGCGUACGGGUCCACCGGACCAUUGAGCGAGUCCGAUCCACCACCGGUCGGAGGUCUGCCUCAGCUCUCGCCUAUGCCGUAUCAGCACUCUUGUCCAGCUCCACGAUAUACUCAAGCUGAGCUUCAUCUACGAUCACAGCGCCAAAAUGACACGUAUCGGCUCAUUGUUCCUCGUUUGGCUCUCGUCUGCCCUCAAGAUCGUCAAGAAGUCGAAGUUCAAGCGCAAAGGGCCGGGACGGCCAGGACUCUGUCCAUUGUCCAGAUUAUAUCCGCAUGA